UCUAUUAAUGUGGUUUCUGCCAACUUUUUUUAUUUCUCAGACUGCCCAUGUGCACUUAUCUCACUCACUUUUGUCCUCAUCUCGUUAUAAAUAUAAGCAUUUCCUAACCCUUCUUCUCUCCCACAUCAAAGACACUUCAUCUCUCUCUGCCACUGCACAAAGCCUGGCUAGUUUGUGUUCGUUUGUUCUCUGAAAAUGGCUGUUGGGUUUUCGCUUAUGCUUGCAUUGUUCUUGCUCUUCAUUGGCUCUGCCUCAGCUGCUACUUACAUGGAAGGCUUUCUCAAAAAUGGCAACUUUGAAGAGAAACCAAAACCUGGUGCCAUCAGAAAAACAGUCCUUAAAGGAAAAAAUGCACUCCCCAGCUGGGAAAUCAAUGGCUUCGUAGAAUACAUCUCUGCUGGGCCACAACCCGGUGGCAUGUACUUUAAUGUGGCUCAUGGUGUCCAUGCGGUAAGGCUAGGCAAUGAGGCCUCAAUUUCUCAAACAAUAACGAUAAAAGCAGGCUCUCUUUAUGCCCUAACUUUUGGUGCUUCAAGAACUUGUGCUCAAGACGAGGUGUUGAGAGUCUCAGUUGGUCCUGUGUUUGGGGACCUGCCUUUGCAGACUCUGUAUAGUAGUAAUGGUGGAGACACUUAUGCUUGGGGAUUUAGACUCAAUGCCACUGUUGUUCAAGUGACAUUUCACAAUACCGGGGUCCAAGAGGACCCUGCGUGUGGACCACUCAUUGAUGCAGUUGCUAUCAAGGAGCUCUUUCCACCAAUGCCCACGAGAGAUAACCUUGUAAGGAAUCAUGGCUUUGAGGAGGGUCCUCAUCGGUUAGUAAACACCUCCAAUGGCAUCCUCCUUCCUCCAAGACAAGAAGAUCUCACAUCUCCACUCCCUGGCUGGAUUAUUGAAUCACUUAAAGCUGUGAAGUUCAUUGACAAAAGGCACUUCAAUGUUCCCUUUGGACUUGCUGCUGUUGAGCUUGUUGCAGGAAGAGAAAGUGCAAUUGCCCAAAUCCUCAGAACAACUCCCAACAAAGUCUACAGUCUCGCAUUCACAAUCGGAGACGCGAGGAAUGGUUGCCAUGGAUCCAUGAUGGUUGAGGCAUUCGCUGCUGGUGAUACAUUUAAGGUUCCAUUCGAAUCCAAAGGAAAGGGUGAAUCCAAGAGCGCAAGUUUCAAGUUCAAAGCCAUUUCAGCUAGGACAAGAAUUACAUUUUACAGUUCAUACUACCAUACUAGGAUUGAUGACUACGGAUCCCUUUGUGGUCCUAUACUUGAUGAAGUUAGGGUAUCCCCUAUUGCUUAGGUGCUAGUUCUACCUUGGUGCUUCCAUCAUUAGAAAACUACAUGUUCCUGGUUUUUAUAUAUAGGGAUCCUGCAACAGUUAUCAUCCGUCGAGGCACAUGCUGCUCUACUUUUGUAUCUAUCUAGGCCAUGUGGUCUUUGUUGUUGUAUGAUGUCGCCUUCACGUGGUGUCAGAAGAAAGAGCCUUAUGGAUAAGAUGAUAGUAGAAACUAUGUAAUUUACUAUUUCUAGGAUGUUGUGUAAUGGCAACAGCUUUAUUUACUCAA